GCAGCGGCAGCCGCGGGUUUGGCACGAUGUGCUGGGGUCUGAAGGAGGCGCCGCACGACUGAGGAGACAGCGGGAAGCCGCGUCUGGCAGUUUCAGAUUUGUGGAACACAUCUAGAGCUUCAUCCAGAAAAUUCAACUGGAAAACUUUAAGACUGGCAGACUCUCUUUUCUUCAGACAAUAGGCAAAAGCCAGACAGAAACCAGGGAUUCUUGGAACACCUGAUUUCCCAUUGGAGGACACUAAAUUCUUUUGGAAGACAAAGACAGUUCAGUAUGGCAGCAGGACUGAAAGGACAUCAAGGAGCCAUUACUGUGAUUUGGUGACAGUUCUUCAAACGACAGUGUCUUAAGAAAAGCUGGAACAAGGAACUCCUGAACUAUUGGGUUCAUUAAUUGAAAAAAAUCAGCAUGGCUCAGGUAAAAAGCUCUAGAGUCCUCCUUCAAGAUCAUUCACUGGGAAGCCUGUUUGCAGUGUCACUCUUGAAUGCUGCCUUAGUCAACUAUAUUGACCAACCCCAGUGAGCCAAGCUCUGUAUUAAGCACCAGGGGGAGAUCUAGAGGAAAGAAAGGAGACAGGCCACAGCCCCUGCCUUCAGGGAGCUUCCAGUCAAAUGAAGGAGGCAAGUCUCCUGGCUUGUGAAGGCCUAGCAGGUGUGAGUUUGGUUCCCACUGCAGCCAGCAAGAAGAUGAUGCUGAGCCAGAUUGCCAGCAAGCAGGCCGAGAAUGGCGAGCGGGCAGGUAGCCCUGAUGUGCUGAGGUGCUCGAGUCAGGGUCACCGGAAAGACAGUGAUAAGUCCCGGAGUCGCAAAGAUGAUGACAGCUUGGCUGAGGCCUCUCAUUCAAAAAAGACUGUUAAAAAGGUGGUGGUAGUGGAACAAAAUGGUUCUUUUCAAGUAAAGAUUCCCAAAAAUUUUAUUUGUGAACACUGCUUUGGAGCCUUUAGGAGCAGUUACCACCUCAAGAGGCACAUCCUUAUUCACACUGGUGAGAAACCAUUUGAGUGUGAUGUAUGUGACAUGCGCUUCAUCCAGAAGUACCACUUGGAACGCCACAAGCGUGUACACAGUGGCGAAAAGCCUUACCAGUGUGAACGUUGUCAUCAGUGUUUUUCUCGGACAGAUCGAUUACUCAGACACAAACGGAUGUGCCAAGGCUGCCAGUCCAAGACUUCUGACGGGCAGUUUGCACUAUAGGUGCAAGGGGCCCUGGGUGGUGGGAAUUAUCAGAAGAAUUUACUGAAGAGUACACCCCCUCUGGUCUGAUGGUCCCGCCGCCGCCGCCUCUGCCGCCCCAUCUGAACUUGUCCCCCUCCUGGAGGUUGGACUCAGGAGAUCAGAAGAGAGCAUCGGGACAGUAGCUCCGAACCUCAGCUCUGUAAAUAAUCUGAGACUUUAUGAAUCUCGGGGACGUUCCUACAGCAUUCCUGGGUAGGGGAGCUAAUCCCUGAACCCUUGGCUGAGGUUAUAGGUGAGGACUCAAGGUCAAGGACCAAGACUGAAGCACGGCUCCCACAACCUUGGACUCCAGCUGGCAGCUGAAAUGGAAAUGAUUGGGGAAGGAAAUUUGUUUGUUCUGUUCUUGUUUUAUUUUUGUUUGUUUGUUUAUCCAAAAGCAAUCUCAGCGGGUGAACUGUGGAUACAGGUAAUCUGAAGGCAUAAAGUCCUGGUCCAAAACAGGGACACCACCCAGUCCAGUUCUUAGUUACAGUGUUCUAGCCCUGCACCUUACCUCCUGUUUGAGAGAAAAUAGAAACAGGGCUGGCUUACUUUGGCAGCCUUAUACACUGUAGGGACAAAAGAAAAGGUGGUGGGAGAAGUGAAAAUGGACUGGAUCCAAGAAGAGUGGUAUCUCUUGACCUCCCCAAGAGAAGAGCUUGUACCAUGGGUAUUGUAAUGACCCAUGCCAAUGCCACAUGAGUACCAGAUGGGAUCAGCUCAAGUGCCUUUUGGAGGAAACUUGGGUGAGUGGUCCAUGAAGCCCUUCCCUUCGGGCAGUUGGUCUUGGAUAUGGCUUGUGGCUACCUCACUGUCAUUGAUUCCUAAAGCUAGACAGAGGUGUUGAGCAGGGAGUUGUGGGUGUCAGAAUGGGUUCUUUCCUUAUGCCCUUUUAGGAACAACCCAAAACAGUCCCAAAUUGACUAAUAACUAUUUGAGAAACGAAGGAAUUGGUAGACCCUGUUGAGUGGUAGAAGCUGUUCUUCCUGUCCAAGUCCUAUUGCCGUAUUCAGGUAGAAAAAAAAUGGGGGUUUGGCCAUUGGUCCCAAAGAACAAGAUCUUGGCUUUCUUCUUGAUGGCUAUCCCUACAAAUAAAGAAUGAGGGGGGAGGCAAGCCACAGAGAAAGGACUACAGGAAGAAACUUAAUGUAGAUUUUAUUAACCAUACUCUUUGCUCCUCUGCUCCAAUACCACUACCCUGCCCACCCCCCAAAAAGGUGAUCAGAUAUGUGUUUGUGUAUGGUACAUGAAUGCUUGUGUUUGUAUGCUUGGAGGAGAUGGCAUAUUAUUGAGCCAAACUCUUCUUUGGCUGUCAGUUUAGGGAAGUUUGAGCAUUAAACAGCCUUUUCCCACCCAGACCUGAUGGGUGCUUAAGUCCCAGUAGGAGCUGAGAAACUCAAAUUUCAGAAACAGAAGGGCAUUAUUCCAGAGGGUUUUUGUUUAUUUGUCUGUUUUCUUUAAAGAUUGGUUCAACAGUCUAGUGGUUAGGGUGGUUUUUCAUCCAGACCAGGGUAGGUAAACAUGGAUUUUCUAAAGUAAAAUAAGAAACUUCUUUCUGCUAAAGAAAGGAUCCUUAUGGGGAGGAUAUAGGGUUCGGCUGACCUCCCCACCCACCCCUGUGACCUCCCCUGAUCCAUGGGAAUCAGGGGAGGCCUGUCUUAGUAAUCAUGGAGACUGGGUGAGCCUGAGCACUGAACUGUUGGUGGGAAUCUGAGAUGGUAUCUUUCAUAGUCAUUGAUAGCAGUAUUCAUUGCCCAGAAAAUAAGGGAAUAGACAGGAGCAGCAUUGUCUUGGCUAUUGCCUGAUCCAAGGAGGUAGGGGUACAGUACUUCAGGGAAAAAGAAGGGAGACAUGGCAUCCUUUAGCUUUUCUCUGACAACACCUGAAAUCUUUUGGGGAAGAUGCUGAGAAAUGUUCAUUGCCUUGUGUUUUAGCUUUAUGCUGGUACUCCCAUUUGAUGUGGUCCCUGCAAGCAGGGGCAUCUUUCUGCAUGUGAGCCCUUCCUGUUACAAGGUUUUGCUGGGGCCAGAAUUGUUCUUGUCAGUCACCUCUGCAAAGAAGGAUACAUUAAGAAUUUCACCCUUCCAAAAGUGCUUUUGAAAAUGGAAACCCGUCUUCCCUUCCACUUGUAGGUAGAUGAGAAUGCUUGUGGAAAGAAACACUUGAGUGACCCAUGCCUCUACAUGUACAAGUAUGUAGUAGGUCAGAUGGUGGGGCACACCUGUCGUACCAGCACUGGACAAGCUUAGGCAGAAGAAUUGCAAAUUCAAGCCCAGCCUGGGCUACAUAGCAAGACCUUGUCCCCAAAAGUCAAAUAACAGUGUGACCUGGCCCCUGCAGACCUUGGCUUCCUGCCUGGGGAGGAAUUUUCUGAACAUGUGUGCAAAUGGCUAUACCAAAACCACCCCUGCCAAGGCUUAGGUGUGGGAACUCAGGAGCAGGUUAUUGGUCCACUUGUUCAGAUGUUGAUGUUCUGAGGCAGUGGAUGCGAGUCUAGAUGAGCAAAGGGGUAGAGAAUGAUUGGCCACCCGGAGGGCCCAGGAACCCCAUGUCUACCCUGUGGAAACCACAGACAGACCACUGCAAAGGCUCCUCAACCCAAUGCCCUAACCUUCUGCUGGGGUAGGGACUAGCACUGGAAAGAUGCCUCAGGUGUGUUUGGAAUGAGGGGAAUGGAGACAGGGCAGGCACUCAGGACCUAAUCUUGGGAAAUCUUGGGAAGAGUUCCAGUCCCUGGAUGGUCCCCUGCACCAGGUCUUACCUUCCCAGCACCCCUCUUUUCCAUCCACCCCCAAUAGCCUCGUCAUCAUUUAGCUACUGAUUGAUUGUGCCCCGUGGCUUGACAUUGAGGGUUAGAAGAGUGGAAUCCCACCACAGCAUUUAACCCUCCCCCAAUGCACACUGCCUGUGCCAUGGCCCUGGGGCUUUUAUCUUCAAUCCCCUUCCUGCCCUUUCCACCUUUUUUUUUUUUAAUAUACUUAUUUUGCUAUGGGGGAGGGGACUAUCAAAUGAACAAGAUCACUUUUAAAUGGUAGUUUUUAUAAGAUGUUAUAAACUUGUAUCUUUUUACCAUUAAAGUGCAGUGUAUGUUCCUUUGUGAUAUAUUUAGGGUAUUUAAAUAAAGAAGAAUGGGGCUUUUCUACGUUCCAUCUCCUCUGGAAAACUA